AUGGCGAACAACUUCUCCGUCGAGUGGCUGUCCAAAAGUUCUCACGCGACGCGAACGAGCGCCGAGGACGCAUCACCUCGGACCAAAGUCUGUCCCGAGGCCUUUCUUCACGCGGGGAUCGCAGAGAUUUUAAAGCAAUCCGGAGACACACAAACUCCCACCUCGCCAGACAGUGGCUUUGGGUACACGUCGGGGUCUGAGAGUGAGGUGGGAGAUGACAGCGAAGGGGAAGCCGUGAAGCAGAUGAGGCGGAUGAGGACCAAGUUCACCUCCGAGCAAGUCGGCAAGCUGGAGAGCACUUUCAGCAAGCACAGAUACCUGGGCGCCACGCAGAGGAGGAAAAUUGCCGAAAAGCUCAGCCUCUCUGAGACCCAGGUGAAGACGUGGUUUCAGAACAGGAGAAUGAAGCUGAAGCGCGAGGUGCAGGACCUGCGGUCCGAGCUCUGGUGGGCCCCGUCCGGUCUGCUGCUUCCGCCGCCGCCGCCGCCGCCGCCUCCUCCGCUCCUGUUUCAGCACCUCGGACCGGACGGACAGCAGCCACACGCGCGACACGCCCACCCCGUCCCGCAGAUCCCUCCGCGACACGUGAUGCUGCCCGCCUGCUACUACUACUGA